AAGAAGAUGGAUAGUGAUCCAUUAUUGCCAGGUUUCAGAUUCUAUCCUACUGAAGAAGAGCUUGUCUCAUUCUAUCUUUACCAUAAAAUCCGAGGAACCCGAACCAACCUCGACCGGGUUAUCCCCGUCGUCGAUAUUUACGACUACAAUCCUUGGGAUCUUCCAGAAUUUGCCGGGGAGCUAUGCCGACAAGACAAUGAACAGUGGUUUUUCUUUAUCCCCCGGCAAGAAAGAGAGGCGCGCGGUGGAAGGCCUAACCGGCUAACCACCGAGGGCUAUUGGAAGGCCACGGGGUCUCCCGGAGAAGUUUACUCCUCCACGGAUCACACCGUCAUUGGCCGGAAAAGAACAAUGGUGUUCUACAUCGGAAGGGCUCCAAAUGGCCACAAAACCGUUUGGAAAAUGAAUGAAUAUAAAGCGCUUUACGCUCCUUCCGAUCACGCCUCUUCUUCGUCGUCCACACCCAUUGUUCAUCCCCGGGUAAGGGAAGGAUUGAGCAUAUGCAGGCUGUACAAGAGGUCCAGGACCUUGAGGGCGUUCGACCGCCGCCCGUUUUCCGACACGGCGGCGGCCGCAAACUUUCAGCAGUAUUAUGAUUCUCAGCCUGCCAUGGCGGCGGCGCCGACUGAUCAGUGGUCACUGGACAGCUCAUCCUCUGGGCGGCGCAGUGGAGGCGCGCCGCCGCCGGAGAAUGAAAACAAUCCGGCGGAGAGUGAAGCAUGGUGGAAUUCGGAGGACUUUGAUUUUUCAGACUUAUAAAUAUAUUUAAUUUAAGAAAUUGAGAGUGGGCUUAAAUUUUGGUUUUAAAAUUAAGAUUAAUAUUAUCUUCGAAUGAUUUAUAUAUGAGUUUUUGUGUUGAGGAUAUUGAUUGAUGUUGUA